AAUCAUUUUGAUUAGAAUAAUUUCUAAGGGUACCCAAACAGAACCUAGACAAUCUCCAUUUCAACAAGAAGAAGAGGCAUAAAAAGGACACGUCUGCAGGUAAAGUCAGCUCGAUUUUUACCAAUAAGGGAGUUUAAAGACUAUUCUAAGGCUAAGCUGCUGGUGGUUGUGCUUUUCAUUAGGUUAAUUGGGAAUUAAACUGUGGGUGGUCUUACUGCCCAACACACACAAGUUGCAAAAGCUCUUAUGGUUAAGUGACAUCUUAAUUUAAUUAUAUGAAGAGCUCGAGUCAUUUUGGCACUUUUUUUCAUUGCCGUAUUUGAGCCCUAUUGUGCAUUUGGGAGGAAGGCCAAGGCAGCCUGAAAGGAUUGGGAAUCUUGGACUCAUCCUCUCACAGGAACAAAUGCUGGAGCCACCCUUGGGUUCCAGGCUGAGAUGAGUGGUGUCAUCCCAAGGCUGCCAGAUUUCCUUGCUCCCUAGGGCAUCUCUUCAUGAAGCAGGAUGGGAAGGCAAGCAGACUAGCAGCCGGAAAGGGAAUACCUUGGCCCUGUGAAUCUACCCCAUCCAGGCUGUAGACUAUCGGAGGGAAUGAGUUUUAUGUCAUUUCCUCUCUCCAGGCCUAAGGCAAAUGAGGGGAUGAAACAGGAACAAGAAAACAGCCCCCGGACCAUUCCAGCUCCAGAUCUUUUAAAUAGCAUGGCGGCUUUGGCAAGGGGAGCGUCACUAAGUAGUAGUGGAGAUCAUCCCCACCCCCACGUUACAGUGUCUGGGGGUUGGAUUUCACUUGAAGAAAGAAGGUUCUGGCAUGACUGGGGAGGUGGGGGUCAGGAUGACUUCAAGGAAGCAGCCUGUGAGAACUGACGAUUUGCUCCAGGGGCUUCUUGUGUGGUGUUGGAGUUCCUUUGUAGCUGCCUCCACCUAGGGGUUCCUCUGGGAGAGGGUGUAAUGCCCAGAAGUCCUGACCAGGGAGCCAUCGGGCCACCCUCUCCUCUGGUGUCUUCCCUUUGAGUACCUGCCCUUUGAGGCCCUUUCCUGGCAGGGGCGAUGCCCGCCUCCCUCUCAUUGGAUUCUCCCUGUGAUGGCGUUGGCCGGAGGAGCCAGCAGGUAUAGUUGUUGGUUGUGGGACAGAUUCUUUUUUUUCUUCUCAAAGCCUGGGUGUUCAGUCCAUGACCUUGCUUUAUUCAGGUGCCCCGAGAAUGCUGUGCCAGAGUGAGGGCCUUUACACGUCAGUAAAAUAGGGGGAAAUGGGCCUUGUGACUCCAUUAUGCCACGCUGUUGUCCCUGCUGGGUUGUGGUUCUGCUUUACUUGCUGUUUUGUGAUCAUCACCUUAGGGAGGUCACUGAACUUGGGAUCAAAGGAGAUGAUUCUUAAGGUGCCUUCCAGGUCUGCCAGUGGAAUUCUUGGUAGCCAAAGGCUGCCCACAUGAAGCCCUUGCUCUGUGGAAGGUCCAGUGCAAAGGAUGCAAAGGCAAGAAUAAAGCAGCCCCUGCAGUCACACUUAUGUUUGUGGGAGAGCAGAGGGACGACAUGGGUGUGAAUAAAUGUAAAAUAAUGUUGAGCAAAAGAGGACUCUGGUCAUGGGGCAUCAGGGAAGGCCUCCUGGAGGAGGGAGGGCAUGAAUGAUGUCUGUAUGGCAAAGGCGAGGAGGGAACGUGUGCCAGGGGCGGGCCAUCAUGCACACUAAAGGCACAGAAGCAGCAGAUGGAAUGGGAAAUAGCAAGCCAGGUUGGCAUGGCCCCUGGGAUUCAGAGUGUGGAUUCGGGGCUGGCCUGAGGGGUUCGUAGUUUCCUGGAAGCCAUAGGGAGCCUCAGAAGAUAUUAGCAUAGAAGAGUGACAUGGUUAGGUAUUGUAGGAGCAUCCACUUGGCCACAUGGGCUGGAUUAGAAAAGGAGGGAGGAAGAAGCCUGGAGAGCGGCGACCUGAGCUGAGGAGAUGUGGAGAAGGUGCCAACCCACCUCAGCCACUGAAUGGACGGGAGAGGCAGGAAUGAUGGCAAAGCCAGCGGAUUGCAGGGAUGGCCAUGGCGGAGGAAGUACUCAUUGGGGGUGGGGAUCAAGUUCUGUGGUGGACACGUUGAAUUCGACAUAUAUGUAGGAUAUUCAGGUAGAUAUCUGGCGUGCACUCAUUCCAGGGAGGGGAUAGAUACGGAUUUGGAAUUGGCAGCAAAGAGGUCAUUGGACCCAUGAGAGCCGAUGGAAUGACCAAGAGAACAAAGAAUGAGAAGGAAGAAAGCCCAGGAUAGAGCCUUGGAAGAUGCUCCCACUUGGGAGGCAAGAAGUCAGCGAUGAGCAGUCAAGAGGCUGAGAAGGAGCAUCAGCCAAGUAGGGCAAACAUGGCAGCUUUCCCUCUUGCUGCUGCCUAAGAUGACAUUCGCUUUGUGGCCACCAUAUCACACCGCUGAUUCCUAUUGACUGAACUUGCAGUCUAAGGUCUUUUCCAGACAGAUGGCUCUCUAGCUGCUUCUCCAUCUUACACUUGGGAAGUCCUUUUUUUUUUUUAACCGAAGGGUAAAACUGGACUUUUGUCACCAUCAAAUUUUAUCCUAAUAGAUUUGAUCCAACACUCUAAGCCGUCAUCAUCUUCUGAAGCCCAGGAUCCAGUGGGAUGAAAGGACAUGCUCUAUGGGCAGUAAACCUUAAAAGGACUCGAGGAGUACUAACUGUUAUUACUUACCCUCCCUAGUUUCUGCCCACUUCAGAUCCGAUAAAGCAUCCUAAUCAAAAGGCUCCGCUCCUGGGACUCUCACUGAGCCGGUCGGGCCCGCUUGUGGGGAUUUGGUCCUCGCCUGUUCUGAAGCCGUGUAACCGUGCCAUUUACAUAUCUCCGUUUGGCGUAGAGCCUUCUCUCAAACACAGAUGAGCUCUGUCUACACUCUUCCUGAUCCCGGGCUGGGAAGAAGGACCUGUGAACAGUGUAGACAGCAGCCCCUCUGUGACCCAAUAAUGACGUCUUAGAAGGUGUCUGUGCCCCAGUUAAGGGACUCGGGCUGCCGGAGUCCUGCCGGCUCAUUGUGAAAACCAAAUGGCGUGAGCUCGUCACUCCAAGAGCCUCGGAAAGAGCAGCACGGAUGGUUCCGUCUAGGAGGCCCAGAGUCGCCGUACCUUCUCCUUCUGAACCGUAGACGGGGAAAAACACGCAUCCCAGCGACCGGCCAGGACCUUCACUGGGCACCUCCGGUUUAUGCCCUGGUCACGAGAGAGCACUCAGUAGGGAUUCUAGGAGCUGGCCAGAAAUUUCAGUUAAUCAGCAUAACUGAAAGUCCAGUUCACUAUGUAUUGAGUCACUGGGGCAUCUAGCUGUGGAGCUUCGUGCUCUGUUGUGGGGAAAAGAAAAAGGUCAGCAAGGCUACAGCCCAGGAAGAAGUUCCCAGGCUAGCAGGGGGUUAAAUAGCCAAACCGAAUCACCGAUACUCGCUAAACACCCGCAUACGAGUACCAAGAAUGCCAAGUCCAACGACGAAGAGGGUGCUACUGCCUGGGGGUGAUUUGGGAAGGCUUCCUGGAGGAGAUGGCCCUUGAAGGAGGGCUUUUAACAGAGGACAUCAGAGAGGUGGGGGAAGAAGGGGCAGGUGCGGCUGGAUGCUUAAGCCCAGAGACCUCUGUCUUCCGCUGGGUUAGUGGUGUUGGCAGCCUCGGCCAUGCAGCUGUGCCAAGGUCAAUCAGCCAUGGCCGCAGCAGAAAUCCCUAGUUAUAUUGUUUCUCCUCAGACUGAGAAACACAGGAGGGCCAGAAACUGGACGGACGCUGAGAUGAGAGGCUUAAUGCUGGUCUGGGAAGAAUUUUUUGAUGAAUUGAAACAAACUAAGCGGAAUGCCAAAGUUUAUGAGAAAAUGGCUAAUAAACUCUUUGAAAUGACUGGGGAGCAUCGCCACGGAGAGGAGAUCAAGAUUAAAAUCACCAACAUGACAUUCCAGUACAGGAAAUUAAAAUGCAUGACUGAUAGCGAGUCUGUUCCACCCGACUGGCCUUAUUAUAUAACCAUUGAUAGAAUACUGUCCAAAGUCACUGAAUACAAUGACGUGAAACUGCAGGAGAGCCAGCAGCCCGGGCCUUCCACGUCCCAGACCGAGGCGUCCCUCUCGCCGUCCGCUAUGUCUACCCCUCUGUACUUACCGUAUAACCAGUAUUCAUAUGAAGGAGGGGAAGUGUGCUUCGACGAUGACCACUCAGAGAGCUCUUCCAGCUUACUCUCUUUUAAGUUAAGAUCAGAAGAAAGACCGUUCAAAAAAAGGAAAGUACAGAGCUGCCAUUUCCAAAAGAAAAAACUCAAACUGAUGGAAGCGAUGUUGGAAGAGCAAAAGAAACUGAGUCGGGCAAUGGAAGAAACCUGCCGGGAGGUACGGAGGAUUCUUGAUCAACAGAACAUUAUCCAGGUUCAGAGCCUCCAGCUUCAGGAACGCAUGAUGAACCUGCUGGAAAAGAUCAUCUCUAAGUCCAAUGUCUAGUUAGUGGUUUCUCCCAAUCUUGUCAUGUAAAGAUCCUUUUUCCACCCUCGUAUCUCAUUCAAAGGAAUUGACCAACAGAACACCUUAGGGGAAAAAAAUGGAAAAAAGAACACUAACCCAGGACAAGGAAUCUGAGUGUGGUUGAGAAGGGAGAAAACCAUUCCUCACCAUCACCCUGAUGGUAGCCCCAUACUGAGAACUGGUAUAAUAGGGUGUCUCCUCAACCAGGUUCCUGAUGAAUGAUGAAUUUUCCAGGUGGAAGAUCACCCUCUACUUACUUAAAAGUGGAGGAGAUUCCCCAUCAUUGAAAUCAUAGAUGGAAGUACUGAAGUAUCACAUUCCGCCCAAGGUUAACUGUCUUAAUUAUUUUUGUACUUUCAAAGGACAGGGGACUUCUAGCUUGUAGGAAAUGGAUUUUUACUGUGCUAUUUCUGAGUCAUUCUGGGACUGGAAGCUGGGGCAAAGUUGUUAUGGACCAGGUUCUUUUGUCCGAGGACCUUACCCGAGAAGUCGCCUUUGGGAAUGGAGCAUGAAGUUUCUUCCUGCUUCUGACUUUGUACAAAGGGGUGCCCUGAACUUCCAGUUCAGUUCAACCAGUACACUUGAUUUGAAACUCACUGUUUGACGGGCCUUAAAUACUGAUCUUGAAAAUCCAUGUUCGUGCCCAAAUGAGUUAGUAUUAAAAAGUACCAACCUCCUGUAUGUGUAUAUAUGUGUUUGUGUGUAUGUAUAUAUAGCUAUAGAUGCAUAUAUACACAUACAUAUAUAUACAUAUACACAUUAUCAUUGUUAAAAUAUACUUGAAGUUGCUUUUGAUAACAAAUGUAUAAUUUUUUCAUUAUUAAAUGGCACAAUAGUUCACUUUGAAAUAUAAGCAAUUCCCAA